GGACAGUCGAAACACGGCGGAGGGAGACAGACAGUUCCUUGAGAGGUCGCUUUGCCUUUCCAAGCUGGUGUAUCUCCUAGCUUCGCCCUGACAGGACAAACGUUGCCCCCAGUAUCGUGUGAUUUUUUUUUCGGGAGACAGGAGCUUGCAGCAUAGAACUUGCACAAGGGUUUGCUUUAGAAGUUCUUGCUAAUGUAAUCUAGAACGGCGGUGGAGUUGGUCACGCCUGCGCUCGUAGAGUAGCUAGCCAACUAGCCACCGCUGUCACCUCUUUUUCCAGUAGCGGCGAGUCGUUGCUAGCUAUGGAUGCGCUGUGGAUGGUCCUGCUGCUGGUGGUCCCAGCCCUACUAUUGACCAGCAGCACCUUUGUUUUUUAUUUUAAAAAGUGUUUCUACGUGGGAUAUAUGAUGAUACUGGGCAUUGUAGCAAUGCCACUCUGCAUUCUGAAAAGCGGUGGAAGGGAUAUUGAAAACAUGAGGAUAAUUCGCAACCUGGUCCGUCAUGUGAAGUACUUCCUGGGUCUGCGCUUUGAGGUGAGCGGCUGGGAGCACCUGCAGACAGAGGGGCCCUACGUGAUCAUCUCCAACCACCAGAGCUCCCUGGACGUGCUGGGUAUGAUGGAGGUACUGCCCGACCGCUGCUCCAUGAUUGCCAAGAAGGAGCUGAUCUAUGCGGGCACAGUGGGCAUGGUGUGCUGGCUGGGUGGCAUCGUCUUCAUCAACCGCAAGAAGACCAGCGAUGCCAAGAGUGUUAUGGCUGAUGCUGCUAAAACCAUGCAGGAUGAAAAGAUUCGCUUGUGGGUGUUUCCAGAAGGGACGAGGAACCAGAAGGGAGACUUGCUGCCCUUCAAGAAGGGAGCCUUCCACCUGGCCGUGCAAGCACAGGCCCCCAUCAUACCGAUUGUGUUUUCCUCCUACCGCAGCUUCUACCUGACAAAGGAAAAGGAGUUCAAGUCUGGCUCUAUCACACUGAAGAUCCUGCCCAAGAUCGAGACCAAGGGACUGACCACGGACGACGUGGCGACGCUAACCGACCAAGCGUACGACAUCAUGCGUUCCGCCUUCCUGGAGAUGUCUGGACCCGCCCCGCUCCUGAGCAACGGGCCGUCCAAACACUGAACAUUCAUUCCGCUGCCCCCAACCUUCUGCCCUCUGCCCCUUCCCUCCCUUCCUACCCCCCUUCUUUCCCUUUCCCCCAUCCUUACUGCCUACCUAUCGCCCUGGCAACACUGAGAACCUCUGCAGUGGCUCGUGACUCUGUAGUCAUGGUGACAGUAAUGACUUUAACCGAAUUGCUUUCAAUGUCCUAUCUCUUGGCUUCUUGUCGCAGGAUCGUACAUAUAUACACACACACACACACACACUCACACUCACACUCACACUCGCAUACAGAUAAAUAACUUAAGCCUCUCUAUCCUGUUGCUUAUUGGACUCAUGAGUAUGGGAGGGGAGGUGAAGGGGUUGAGAUGAUGUCAUUUCCCACGUGGAAGGGGGAGGGAGGGGGUGGCCAUGUGGUGACUCCCAACCUCUAGAAACAGUCCUGCUUCCUGGUCCGACGAGACCCUGCAACAGGUCAAGGACCAGGAACCCCAUGGGAUUGUGGGAGCUGACGGACGACGCCCCUGCACUGCAUGCCUUCCUCUGCCAUGCCGCCUUCUGCCCAGCGCUCUGCUUCAGCAGUUUAUUUAGUGGGUUUUUUAUUAUUAUUGUUUGUUGUUGAUGUUUUUGUGGUUGUUUUUUUUUCUUUUUCUUUUGUUAUUGUGCUUUUGCCAACUCGCUCACAUCUCCUGCAGAUGAAGUACCAACUGUCUGAGUUCCAGCCUCCGCCUUACAGUACUGAGCGUACACACACUCACACACACACACACACACACACUCACACACCCAUACACACACCCAUACACACACACACACACACACACACACACACACACACACACACACACACUCUUACGCAUAUAAAGAGAAAGAGGAAAGGCUUCCAAGAAUCUUGCUAGAGUGGAAAACAUGUGCACACAUGCACACACACUUUGCUCCUCCACUGCUCCUCUGAACUAAUGUACCAUAUAUCCAAUGUUGAACAUUGAUGGUGUAAAAUGAAAAUUAUUUAUACUGCGGUCAUCAACUUUGAUAUUUCAGAUCUGCUGUCGUUGUCAAGCGGUCUAGUGAGACAGAAUGUGUGGUCGACAUGCUGCCUCUCUCUGGAAAUGUGUUCUUUUUCUUUAAGUAUGCGUUUUCAUGUCUGUGAAGCCCCAUUCACAAACACAAAGUGUCAAAGAGGUGUUUUCCAUGAAGUGCACUGUUCUGCUUAGCGCUCCUAUGAUGAUGAUGACCUAAUUCCAGUUACACGAAUGUACAAAGAACCAGUUUAGUCCCUUCUACUAUAUGCUUGUUUUUUUUCUUUUUUGCUCUUUUGUUCUUUUGUCUUUAGUUUAAUUAGUAUCAAUUUAUAAAGAUUUAUAAAGAAUAUUAAGAAGAGUUGAUUUAAUGGAGACUGUGAUCUUCAUGAAAAGUCAUUUGUUGGAUUGUUAUCAGUGUUAAAGGGACUGAAAUAGGAGCUGAUCGUGAUUGGCCCGACAAGUUGAACUCCUCUCUCAUAGGCAUUGGUUGGCAUGGAUCUUUCAUUGAUAAUGAUUGGCAAAGACCUCAAACUCUUCGCCCUUGGAGGUCUUGAGAUGAUCAUGAUUGGUGGAGGGUAAGGCCAUGAUGGCUAGACACAUUUUACAUUAGUCACUGCUGUUGAUUGGUCGAGACAUUUGGGUGUGAUUCAGAAGUGUUAUUUUCCAGAUUGUCUUUGGGGCUGUAAAGUUGUCAUUCUAAUUGUUUUAAAUUGCUCUUUUAAUAGAGGCACAUGUGUAUUAAUAAUCUCUGGCAUCGGCAGUAGUCCAUACAGUGUAACGAACAUUCAGACCAUGAGUAAGUAAUGUAAAGGCCUUCCAUUCAAGUUAGGUGGAGCUUCAGCUGAGGCAUUGAUGUUUUACAGGAUUUCAUUGGAUGUUUUAAUGCGUGCACACAUUUGAUUGGCCAGAGGUAAAGGUGUUUUGAAUUAGUGGUUUCAAAUCUCAAUAGCUAGCAUCUCACUGUGAGGUUCUGACAGGGUAUUCUGCUUCCUUAACCAAGCUUCACUCAUGUCUGUUCAAACUGUCGAAUGUAUCUCAACGUCUGAUGAAGUGUGUGUGGUUGUGUGUGUGUGUGUGUGUGAGAGAGAGAGAGAGAGAGGUGGACAGAGUGAGAAUGUAUUUUACUAUCCGUGUGAGUGAAUGUGUGUGUGCGGUGUUGUUGAGAGAAUAUGUUCCAGAUUCUUCAGACUCACAGGCAAUUUUUUCACAAUGCCAUUUCAUUUCCGCUUUCUCUCCCUCAGUCUCAUAGUGUGUUGGUAGAAGGUAGUUUGGUCCGCUUGUCCCUCACACAAAGAAGUGCUCAACUUGUUCACGAGGGGAAAAGGUUGUGCUCCGUUAUCUCUCCUUGGGGAAGUUUGUAAUUUUUUAAAAAUAUAUAUAUUUGUGAAUUUUAAAAGUUACAAUUUUUGAAUGUCGUGGCAUCCUAAAAGUGUCUAAGGCAACUCAUUUGUGCUGUUUGCCCAGUGCCCAGAUGCAGUUUAAGUCUUUCAAUCAUGUACUACAGACCUACUUGACUGAAUUAUGGCAUUGCCAAAUGAUGCGUGUUCGCUCCAGCUUCACGUAUGAACUCCUACUCUUUGAGUCUUUCAGGUCAUGACUCACUUUCAGGGGAGAAUUUGUGAAUGAAGUUGUAGAAAUGUUUAUUCAUCACUUAUAAACCCUUAAUAAGCUGUUAAGUACCCCUUAAUUAAGGCGAUCUGGAUAUAGGUAGUCUUUGGGAGGCUAUGUCCCAGUCUGUCCUUAAGGUUGUGGGAAGGAAGUGGCAGUGUGAAUUGUAUACUAACUAAAUUCUAAUUGAAUUAAAAGUUUAAAUCCCCCAGAUAUUCAUAUCGGCCGCUAUAUACAGAUUAGGCAUUACAUAAAUAUGUAAACUCCUGAUAUCAAUGUAUUAACAAAGCACUUUUAGCAUAGAAUUUGGAUUUAACAUUAUUUGUAAAGGGAAAACUGAAAUGUGGCAAAAGUGUGUAAAAUAUGAUUUCUUUUUUUUUUUGUUCUUUUUCACCAAAGCUAUUAAAGUGUACACUGGUGGAAGCUUUAGAUUUGUUAUGGAAAAUAAAUAAAUAAUGGAAAAAAUGUGA